CCUCGACAUAUAAUUAUUCCAAAUAUCCUUUUGACGAUAAAUAUGACAUUAAUGAGGUUAUUGGCAGAACAUUUGGAAUAUCUCACUCCCAAUUAUAUUGUAAGCCAAUGCAAUCCUGCAAGACAUAGAUAAAAGAUUCGAACACAUCUAUAAAGAAGAAUAUAUACUAUCAGCAAUAAUUCACCCGCUAUUUAAAUUAGAUUAGCCCUAGAAAAUUAUAGAUCAACGAAGUGGACCUUUUAGCGUUGUUCACCGAUGCACCAGAAAAGACACUUCCCGCCAAACUUUCGCCGUUAAAAUAAUUGAUCUCAAAAAGUUCAACCAAAGCCCUUGGUCUAACCAACAAGAUUUCAAAAGCGAAGCUUCCAUAUGCCAAACCCUGAAACAUCCUAACAUAGUGGAACUCGUAGAAACUAUAACUCAGGACGGAUACCUCUACAUGAUAUUCGAAUAUUUGGAAGGUCCUGAUAUAUGCCAAGAGAUAAUUAGAAGAGCUUCGUCCGGUUACGUAUACAGCGAGGCUGUAGCUAGUCACUACCUUAAGCAAUUGCUCGAAGCCCUCAAGUAUUGCCACGCUCUUGGCGUUACUCACAACGACCUUAAAUUGGAAUGCCUACUCUUAGCUUGUAGGGGUCAGGAUUCGGCUGCUCCUCUUAAGCUAGGUGGUUUUGGAUAUGCAUUUAAAGGUAAGGGUCAUCAGAAUUCCUCCCAAAACAUUAAUUCAAAUUCUUCCGAUUCAAAUUCCUCCGGAAAAAAACCUUUCAUUAAGAUGAAACGAACUCCUAAAACCACCACUACAAUCAUAUCAAUUCAUGACGAUCCAGAGAAUGCUUCCUUAACACCGUCAGAUGAAGAACGUGUUCCUCACUUUCCAUCUCCCGAAUUACUACUAUCCAACUCCAUCAAAAAACAUUUUUGUCCUCAAACUGGACAAACUGAUACUAGUAACUACAACGAAUAUAAUAAAAAAUUAAAUCCAGAGGCUACGGAUUAUAAAUUGCCAAAGACGUGGAAGACUGAUAACAAUGAAAAGGAGGAAAAUUUAAAGCUGGAGGAUUGUAAAGUGGAAGAGAUGGAAGAGAUCGGGAAAAGUGACAUGUGGGCUUGUGGAAUUAUAUUAUUCGUGCUUUUAGGAGGAAAUUUGCCAUUUUUCGGAACUAAGGAUAUGAUACACGCUCAGAUCAUCAAGGGGCAGUUCAAGAUGAAACCUAAGCAAUGGGACAAAGUAUCAGAUACUGCAAAAGACCUAGUCAAAAAAUUGCUGGAUACCGAUCCAGCGAAAAGAAUAAGCGCUCAACAAGCUCUACUACAUCCAUGGAUAGCUGAAAGAGAGAAACAUGCUAAAAAGACACAUUUAUACGAUUCAGUGGAAGAAUUGAAAAAAUUCAAUCUCAGACGAAAACUUAAGGGAACUUUACACAAUUCCGUGACUUGCUGUAAACUGAACAAUUUUUACGGGGAUCCUUCUAUAGAUGGUUUGAUGAAGAGUAAAAUAGUAGAAGAAGUCUACACUCCCUCUCCAGUCAUAAUCAAGUCAGCCAUCCCAGAUUCCAGUACAGAUAUCAAGAAGAGAUUUAUUAUGAACGGAGGUAACAACUCCGACCAACAUUAUUGUCCUUUUACUCCCCCCAACGCAUCAUCCAGGCGUAUUUCUAAUGAGAAUAAUAUGAUUGACAUAUCUGCCAAGGACCUUAGUGAUCAAGAAGAUGAUGAUAUUUUGACUAAGCGAUUACUUCAUUCAACAUUGGAAAACAAGAAAUUGCACUCUUUGCUAGACCUCUACGAUAAGAUAUAUUGCAAGAGAAAAAAUUUACCUCACACUAACCCGCCCUCGGACUUGGUCGAAUUAAGUUUUUCGGUAUUAGAAGCUAUCAAUUCUCCGACAUUCAACCCUAACCAUGACAAACGUUUGUUCCACUUGUGCCAAGAACUAAACAAAAUACUCAAUAAAUCACAUAUCCGAGCGAUAUUAAAGACUUCUGAUAUAGUUGCUCACGAAAUCUAUUCUUCCCAAACUACUGAAUCAACUCCAACAACCAUCCAAAUAACCCAAACUUACCCAGAUAGUGGUUACCCCACAUUUUCCGAUUCCCCAAAUAGCUUAAAUAAUCAAAAUUAUCUAAGUAGUAAUUUUCCCGCUAAAUCCACUCACUUAAAAAACAGCAAUCAAUCUAAAUUACCUAACGGCAUCUUGUACCAUCAAAAUGAAUUAUUGUCGUCGCCUCCUGGCAUACCAGAUUACGAUUCCUCUGAUGGUUUAAUAUGCCCUUCUAUAAAAACUUGCCAUACUAUUAACAAUAUGGUAUCCAAUUCCCCAGGCAUCAAAAAUAUCGAAAAUAUUGAUCGUAACAAUUAUAAUAACGCCCUUAGGGACGACCAAAUAGUUGGUAAUAUAAUGACAGGCAAUAUAUUACAUUCUUCGUCUCCUGGCUGUGUCGGUGUUGGAAAUAGAAUUAAAGUGGCCACUUUCGAGAAAAAGCCGCAUGAAGCUAUGGGCAUAACACUCAAACUCAACGAAGGUAAUAAAUGCGUUAUAGCCAGAGUCAUGUAUGGUGGAUUAGCCUAUCGACAAGGAAAUUUGGGUGUCGGCGAUCACAUACUGGAAAUAAACGGUAAAGAUGUUUCCGAACAAAACGUUCAAACCUUACAAUGCCUGCUUAGUCAAGCCCAAGGUCAAGUUACCCUUAAGAUACAAUCUUCCACCAACAUUUCUUCUUCAAUCUUAUCUUCCAUGAAUACUCCAUCUUCCUAUAUUUCGACCAAUUUAGGUUAUUCAUCUCCAGUGCCCAAUCCUAAUUAUAAUAGUAAUAUCCAGAGAUCUUUGAUUUCAUCUGACUCCAAUUACCCGCUGGAAGAUAGAACCGGAGCGGGCAACAAAAAUUUGGAAGGAAAUACUGGGAUGAAUGGAGGGAGGUCGUUUUAUCAUUACAGUGGCGGUCAUACUUACGUAAAGGCAUGUUUCGAUUAUGACGCAUCUAGCGAUGAACAAAACCCUUGUCCCCAAGCUGGUCUAUCGUUCUCAGUUGGCGAUAUUUUGAAAAUCAAUUCUAAAUACGAUAUAGAUUGGUGGCAGGCUACGAAAGUUCUCGAUAUCAAUAAACUCAAUUAUGGUGACCAAUCUUUUCCCGAUGUCGAUAGCGCAUUAUCUUCUCUCCAGAAUAUCGUCACCGAUAACCCCAAUCAAAAUGUCAACCAAUUUAUUUCAGGAUUAAUUCCUUCCCCCGAAUUGCAAGAAUGGAAGACGGCUUGCGAAAAUAUGGAGAAAAAUAAGCAGGAUGUAACUCCCUCUAUAAACUGCGCAUGGUUCCUUUUCCCCACCUAUAAAAAAUCGAUUCCCUCUUCCUCAUCUAAUUCUAUCCUCAACGGCCAUCACACGAAUACCCAUUCGGAAGGCAUGUUAAAUACCCAUUUCUUGCAUUAUCAUAAGUCAUCGAAUUCCAAUAAGGACAAGUAUCUGGUAAAGCAUAAUGCUGUUUUCGACCAAUUAGACGUGGUGACCUACGAGGAGGUAUGUUUCGUGGAAAACUUUCGUUACAAGACCCUAGUGUUGCUAGGAGCUCACGGUGUCGGUAGAAGGCACAUAAAGAACACGCUUAUAGCCAACCAUCCUUCCUUAUUCGCUUACCCUAUCCCGCACACCACCCGUAAGCCCAGACCCGAUGAGAAGAACGGCAAAAAUUAUUAUUUCGUAGCUUCGCCUGAGCUAAUGUCGAAAGACAUUUCUAACAACGAUUACCUAGAGUACGGUAGCCACGAGGGUUCCCUUUACGGCACUAAAUUAAGCACUGUUAAAGACAUUUUAGGAAGCGGCAAAAUGGCUAUUCUGGAUGUCGAACCUCAAGCUCUUAAGACGUUAAGAACCGCUCAAUAUGCCCCAUUCAUAAUCUUUAUAGCCGCUCCUUCAUUAACAGAUUUUCCCGAUGCAGAUGGUAGUCUAGAACGCCUCAUAGUGGAAAGCGAAUAUUUAUCACAAACCUACAGGCAUACCUUCGACCUUUUUAUCGUCAACGACGAUAUAGACAAAACUAUAGCAAUAUUGGAGCGCAAAAUUUUUCACCUUUUACGAGAUCAUUCUUUCCAAGAUAAUACUAAUAAUAAAAUUAUCAAUAAUAGUUCUAACAUCGAGGAGAAAAAUUUUAACUAUUGCGAAGACAUAGGCCAACUUUCUGUCAGAAAUGGCCAUUGGGUACCUGUUAAUUGGGUCUAUUAAUUAAAUUAUUUAGAGUAACGAGAAAAAUUUCAUUUUUUUUCUUGAAAUUUUUUCAAUGAUACACAAAAGCAGAAAAAACAUUGAUUCGAUUAAUAUUUCGCACGAGGAGAACGUCAUUAUCGUUCCAGAAUUAAUACAAAUUUGCUGAUACUAAUGAUCAUUCUGGAUACUCACCUAUCAAUUAGAUCUGCUAAAGCAAAAGAAAGGAAACAUUAACCAAAUUUAAAAAGUCGAAUUUAUUACCUUCUACAAAUUUUCUUUUCUUCUAAAAUUAUAAUCCAAAAACCAAUAAAAAAUCUAAAAAUUAAACCUAUUUUUGUUAUUUGUUAUUCAGAAAAUAGUUUAUUUAAAGUCUACAAGUUUAUCAGUUAAACUAGGUUUCAUUCAUGAUCACUAUGAACGAUUUAUUUACUUUCAUUAAAUUCGAAUCGUAAUU